AUGUGGCUGGUUCUGCUAGGAGUAUUCCUCGUGUGGCUGCUCGGCUUCGUUGGGGGAACCUACUGGUUCCUCUUCAGCAAACCCAGCCCGUUCUCCCUGGCAUCGCUGAGGCCCAAAGACCCCCGGGAGAUGGACCAGAAGAAGAGGGACAAGGUGCUGAAGAAAGGCUUCACCAAGGACCGUAUACCAGACGACCUGGACGCAAUCAUCAUCGGGAGUGGAGUAGGGGGCUUGACAGCGGCCGCCUGCCUGGCGAAGGUCGGGAAGAAGGUUCUGGUUCUGGAGCAGCACGACACCACUGGGGGAUGCACCCACUCCUUCGUCGAGAAGGGCUUCGAGUUUGAUGCCGGGCUCCACUAUGUCGGCCAGAUGCACGAGAACGGCCUGAUGAAGGUGGUUUUCGACCAGAUCACAGAGGGCCAGCUGGAGUUCGAUGAGCUGGGCCAGCACUUUGACACCCUCCACAUCGGCCAGGGGGAGGAGCUCCGCAAGUACACGCUCCUCAGUGGCAAGACCGAGAUGGAGGCCCACCUGAAGAAGCAGUUCCCCAACGACACGCAGGCCGUGGAGAACUUCUUCAAACUGAUGAAGCUGGGUGCAAGGCAGAUUCCUUUCCUGGCCUCCCUGAAGCUGGUCCCUCGCUGGCUGGCCCUGCUCCUGCUCAAGUCUGGCAUCGCUGACCGCCUUCUCUCCGUCUACAAGCUGUCGCACACCAGCGCCACCUGGUGGGCAGACCAGCAGACCAGCAACAAGGACCUGCAGGUCAUCUUCUCCUACCUCUUCUAUGGAGCCCCACCUAAGGACUCCAGCAUCCUCAUCAACUCCCUGCUCGUCCACCACUACAAGCGUGGCGCCUACUUCCCAAAGGGGGGCGCCAGUGAGAUCCCUUACCACAUCAGCAACACCAUCCGCAAGUACGGCGGAGAGGUGCUGGUGAGGGCGCCGGUCUCUCGAAUCCUAUUGGAUGCUGAGGGAGCUGCCUGUGGUGUGGCAGUCAGGAAAGGCCAGGAGGAAGUGGAGGUGAGAUCUAAAGUGGUAAUCUCCAACUGCGGCCUGUUCAACACCUUCAACAGGCUCCUGCCCCGUGAGAUCAGCAUGCAGACUGAUAUCCAGGCUCGUCUGAACCUCAUGAAGCCAGGCAAGGGAUGUUUCCUCAUCUUCUGCGGAUUUGAUGCCACUCCAGAGGAGCUCGGACUCAGCCAGGUCACCAACUGGUUCUUCAAGGACAACGACAUGGACAAGAUGAUGGAUAACUUCUUCAGCCUGAGCAAGGAGGACGCCCCAGAGAACAUCCCCAUGAUGUACUUCACCCUCCCCUCUGCCAAAGACACCACCGCCAAGAUCAGACACCCAGGCAAGACCUCCAUGAUCAUGUUGAGCAUGGCGAACUACGAGUGGUUUGAGGAGUGGAAGGACGAGACGGUGAGGAAGAGAGGAGACGACUACAUGGCGUACAAGAUGAGAUUCGCCAACAACAUGUUUGACUGGGCCUGCCAACACUUCCCCAAGCUCAGAGAGAAGCUGGUGUACCAGGAGGUGUCCACCCCUCUGACUAACUCCUAUUACCUGGGCGCUUACCGGGGAGCCAUGUACUCGGCGGAGCAGAACCUGGACCGAUACGACCCCAUAUCCAUGGCCAAGAACCGCUGUGACACGCCUGUCAAGAACCUCUACAUAUCAGGUCAGGACGUGUUCAGCUGUGGUAUUGUUGGGGCGCUGCACGGGGGUCUGCUGUGUGCCUCCACCGUUCUGGACCACAUCAUCUACGUACACCUGCUCUUCAUCAAGAAGAAGCUCAAGUGGGCCAAGGCCAAGGAAGACGCGCGGUCGGCCAAGAAACUGCAGUGAGGACAACAUCCAAUUGGCCAAGAGACCACAGUGAGAACACCCAAUUGGCUGAGAGAUUGUAGUGAGAACACCUGAUUGGACAAGACAUUACGGAAAGAAUAUCCCACUGGCCAACAUACUACAGUGACUUUGCCUAAUUGGAUGACACAUCUCCGUGAGAACACCCCAUUGGCCAAGAGAGUGUAGUGUCGUGACAUUGCCAUGAGAACACCCCAUUGGCCAAGAGACUGUAUUGUCAUGACAUGGCCUGAUUGCACUUGUAUUUAACGUAUUUUACUGUGCUUGCAUGCCAUUGCUUGUACUGUUCAAAAGCGUACUUGUCUUUGACAGUGCAGG